AUGAAUAAUAAUAAUGAUACUAGUAGUAUCAUAUCAGUAUUUAGAAAUAGAUAUCUAUUAAAACAUAUAUUCAGUUAUACUUUAUGUGCCAAGCAACAAGAACUAGCUCGGUUUAGUAAUGGAUCUUUCAUUGUGAUGUGUUCUAAUGCUGUUUCCGAACAAGACAAUAACAAAAGACAAAACAAACUUAACAUUUUAAGAUAUGCAUACAAAUACACUCCCAAUAACAUCGAUUUGGAUCAGGUAUUACUUGCAAAUAUACUAGACGAAAAUGAUAUUGAUAUCCUCAAGAUUGUAUUCACUGACAAAAAAACACAACAAAUUAUAUACAAUGUUAAUAAUAACAAUAAUAAUGAUGAUGAUUCAUCCUCCUCCUCCUCCUCCUCAUCCUCUUCUUCUUUUAAUAUUAAAAGUGAUGAUAAUAAUGCAACUUUGUAUUUAUAUAAACAUUCUCAACAAACAACUCAUGAGUUUUACAAACGUGUUGGUCAAUCUGCUGUGUUGAUGUGUCUCAACGUGGAUAUUAUUCGUACCUAUUUCAAAAAGUACCCAGAUCAAGAUCUCCCUUUAUCAAAACUGUUGUGGAAUGGUGGCAAUAGAGCGGAGAGAAUCAAACAAGUUGUUAUUGCUCUGCUAGAACUGCAGGAUGAUAUUGAACAAGUAAAGAAAUUAAAGACAAAGGCUAUUGGUAUUCUUGGACCACAUUUGCAAAACGACAACCACAAGAUCAUAACAAUUAUGCAACUAUUACUUUGCAUCCACGGGUUCUCUGUUGGAGAAUGUUACGGGAUCAACAGUAACGCAGAGGUGUGGCAACAAGUCGUUCAAUGGAACAUAGCAUCGGUACUAGACUAUUUUAUACCGACUUACUUUGAUCAUAUCAUAGUGCAUGCGUCAUCGGUGCAACAAGUGAAACAGUUCUACCUAGACUAUCCCCAAAUGGCUCAAAGACUGACUCUUGGGAGGGCCAAAAGAUCAAAGUACAUGUAUCGUCACUACGUUGACAAGUUAUUGUUGCAACAAAUAGAAACGUCAAAUUUGUCGUCGUCGUCGGAGGAGGAGUAUCUAAGAAUCUCGGUCAACCAAGAUUGGGAGGUGGAGAUUGUUUUGGAAGCAUUGGACGAGAAUGGACUGGAUUGUAAAUUGUUGUUUAGAUCUAUGUGGUUUAAUAUAAUACCAUCAACGAUGGAGGCAUUAUUGAUAAAAUACCCGAAAUUAAAGAAUGAUAUCAUAUCUUCUUAUAUACCCCACCUCCACAAGACUAGUUGGUGCAAUUUAACAGAGUUGCCACAACUCAAAAGAAUUUUGGGUUUGGUUGGCUCACACGACGAAUUUAAGGUAUUUUGGACUUAUUUUGGUGUCAAAGGAGAUUAUGGCUUUAAUACCAAAGAACAAUUACAAAUUCUCAAAGACAAUAUCGAUUCAUUUGACAAGAUCAUACAAGAUGAAUUGAUAACCAAAGCCGUCAUCAGUACCAAUGCAAGGGAUCAACAAGUCAUUUUAGAGUUGUUUGACAUGUACCCAAAAUAUGCAAUCGACUUGAAAAAGCCACUACUCUUUAACGCAUUCCAUGAAUCAUUGGAAAAGGUGAUAGAACAUAGAUCAAAAGAUAUAUUUUACCAUCUUUGUAAAGAGGUUCCAAACCUUUUCAAAGAAUUGAAAUGGUCAAGUUUAUACAGAAUGAUCAGUGAAUCUCCAAAGACAAGUGAAUUUAUGUUCUACCUUAUUGAAAACAAUCAGGUUUUCACAUUGACCGAUAAAAUAAUCAACUCCAACUCGUAUCACAAAAUGUAUGAAAUGAUCUUUGACAUUAAAAAGCAACACAACCUCCUCAUACCAAAACCAACUAGAAAAACAAAACGAUUAAGAAAAUUAAAAUAUAGAAAAUGGAUCGAUCUUUCAAAGUUCAUUAUGAGCGUAAGUAAAACUUAUCAGAAUGCAUCAAUCACUCUAUCACGUGUACGUGUGCACAAACUAAUCAACGAUGUUGAUUUAUUAUCAUACAAUACUAUAACUAUAGUUGCAAGCGCAGUUUGGUUGAUCAAAAACUAUGGUGUACCAGUCCCAAAAGAUCAAACAUUAUGUAGUAAUUCCUAUCCUACCUUUAAAUGUGCUGAUGAUCCUCCUAAUUCUGUUGCUCAUGUAAUCAACAUUGUCAUUGAUGUAUCAUCACCGAUUGAUAAUGGUGAUCCCGAUCCAUUAUUAGAUUCCUUGUACUUUCCAAAACUACAAUCCAUAUCAAUACGAACAAACAUGGAUCUAAACAAAACAUCUAACAAUAUUCUUUCAAAGUUAAAGAAUCUUCCAUCUCUAUCUACCAUUUCUGUAAAUGAUGCAGCAUUAACAGAGAUACCAAUUGAUUUUCCAUCUGAUAUACCCAAUCUUACAAAGUUCUCAUCUGGAUACUCACCAAUUACAAUCACGAAUAACUUUUUUGACGGUUCUAGUGUCACAAGCAUAGAGAUGUGGUAUCCGUUAACCAAUGUACCAUCUAUACUCAGUCUACCUUUUCUCAAAUCAUUUUCGAUUGCCAUCAAUGCUACCCAACCACAAACCAUAGUAUUCACUAUCAGUUCAUGUCCAUCUCUCAAAUCAGUCUAUAUCGAGUCAUACUCUUCUACCCAGAUUACUGUAGAUAUUCAAGCCAAUGUACAAGUCAUUGAAUUAAAACCAUAUCUAUCAUCAACAACGAGAUUUGCUCUAACUGUAGCAAAUCCUCUCUCUGUUCAAGUGUUUACCUUUUCUGGUUAUUUGUCAACCAUCUCACCACCUUUUUUGUCAUUUACCCAAAUUGCUCUUUUAAAUUUGUUGAAUGCCAAUGUUACUGAAAUUCCAUACAACACAACCUACCCUGAAAAGUUAAAUACCAUGUAUAUUGUAGGAAAUAAUCUUUCAAGUAUUUCAAAUAUUACAUUUCCACCACAAUUGGGUAGCGUUUCAUUUUCAGGGAAUCAAUUACAAACAAUACCAUGGAACAUUUGGGAUAAUGUUGAUAGUCCAUAUAUUGAUUUAUCAUCUAAUCAAAAUCUAUCUGGAGUUAUCCCCAGUAGUAUGUGCAAAGCUAGACUCUUUAUCAAGUCUACCGGUUUUAUAAAUACUCAAAUUCCUGAUUGUUUUUGGUGUUUUGUACAAGAUGUAAGUGCUUUUACUUCAUCAAUUACACCACCACAGGAUUUUCAUUGUAGCAUUUAUUUGAAUAAUGGAAAUACAACUGCCAAUCUCAUUCUUGGGUCGACUUUAUUGUUGGGCACCAACAUUGGUUAUGGAAGAACUGAUUCAAAAGUUCAAAUAGCAGCAAUCAUUCCAAACAGUAAACUCCGACUUUCUGUUUUAAACCGACCAUUCAGUGAUUUCUAUACUCCAACUCCAUUCACUUUCACAUUGUCAGAUGCCUAUCCCUACUAUGAAAACACUAUCACUUUUACCGAAGUCGGUAUACAACUUUCAGAUUCAUAUCGUCGUAUGGAGAUUGGUAAUAACAAUAUUAGACUAUACAUCCCAUUUAAAGUUUAUAAUCCCAAUAUCCAACACACCAUCAAGGUCAACACGACCAUUCCAUGUAUUUUUGAAUUUUACAGUAGUAAUGCUGUUGUAUCAUGUAUCUUGACCGGUAUCAUUGGCCCCAGUCCAUUGGAAAUUAGUGUCUCUAAUGAGUUUACCAAUGCUGCAAGAAUCCUUCGUUUUACUCCUGAACCAAAUUAUCCAACGGUUUCAUCUGCGUCAUUUGUGGUACAACAAAAUAAAUCUGUUGAAAUUGAAUUGUAUGGAGAUUUUGGAACUGCAUUAUCGAAUCUCUCUGUAACAAUCAAUAGCACCGAAUGUGCAUUAUUAAAUGCAACGCCAACUUUAAUUACAUGUAACAUACCUUCAAUUAAUAAUAAUUUUGGAUUAGCAUCGGUAUUGGUUUCAGUCGAUGGCUUGAACUUUACAAGACCAAAUAUGAUAUACUUUCCACCACCACCCACUCCAAACAAUACAAACAAUGGAACAUCAUUAAAAGAACAAUGUCAACAACAAACUCAUAGUUGUUAUGGUAACGGUCAAUGUCAAGACAAUGGACAAUGUUUAUGUAAUCAAGGCUACAGUCAAUUGGAUAAUUGUUUAACUAAAUAUUUAAAUACAACAAUACCAAUUGAAGCAAAUCAAACUGCACCAGUUACAAGAUUUAAUAUUGAUGGUGUAGAGUUUAGAUUUGAAAUGUAUUCUAUUCAAGAAUUGGAUGUUGAUGGUGAGACUGUCAUCAAACAAGUGAUGACUGACAAGUGGGAUUCUAAUAUUACAACCAUUGGUGAUUUGACUGUUGCCAAUUAUACAUUAUCGAGUAAUGAUACUUUGGCAAAUGUUACUGCAACGGUUUCAUUCUCGUCACAACCACGUACAGUAGCAUUUGGCAACCAAAACAUAUCGAUCGAUCCCAAUUCGAUAAAGGUAACUGUUGGAGUUGCAAACUGGAAGUUUAACAACAACAUUGCUACACUUCGAGUAAUCUUUAAAACAUGGGUCAACAACCAACAAGAUUUUGAUGUUGGUUGUGAGGAAAAGCAAUCAAUUGAUUCUUUUUCAUACGAUUCAUAUUCUAAUACCAUUAAAUACCUUAGGGUUGUUAAAAAUGGUAUACAGUUUACUGGUAGAUUCGUAGACUAUGUAUUAUCAGAUGGCCGUUCAACUUAUUCAAGAACCCAACUCGUCUCACUCAACAAAUCAACCUCUAAUCCAGAUGAAUCGAUUGCACUGAUUGGAGUGGGUAUGCCACAAUGCCAGUCGUGUAUACUGGACCCUGAUUUCACACCAUUGAUCAUUGAUAACAAUCAAGCCGACGAAUGCUCUAAUCAAAGCAACUCCAACACUUGGAAAAUCAUAGUUGGUGCUUGUGUUGGUGGUGCAGUCUUUAUAGCAUUGGUUGUUGGUGCUGUAAUUUAUUUAAAAGACUCUAAUCUAUUUAGAAUGAGAUUUAGAAACUCAAAUCGUAUUACAAUGAAAAAGAGAUAA